CAGGACCGAAUUUGCUACCAUGGCGUCCGAAGAUCACAAAAAGCUGAGCAUGGAAGAGUACGAUGCAUUGCCGCAAGAGCAGCGAGAUGCGUAUGACAAAAAACAAGCAGCGCGGGAAGCGGCGGAGCAAGCUGCACUGCCAUACAAAUGGAGUCAGACGCUCGAAUCGGUCCAACUUUCGGUGCAGGUCCCAGAAGGCACAAAAGGGAAAGAGCUGAACGUGGUCAUCAAGAAGAAUGGCCUCAAAUUUGGACUCAAAGGGAAAGAUGCAAUCAUCGAUGGCGAGCUGCCAAAGCCAAUCAAGGAGGAAGAUAGCAUGUGGUCGCUGGAGGACAACAAGCUCGUCACCAUCCAUCUCGAAAAGUUGUCGAAGAACGAAUGGUGGCCCCACGUGCUUACGAAGGAUCCCAAGAUCGACACGACCAAGAUCGUACCAGAGAACUCCAGCUUGAGUGACCUGCCCAGCGAAGAGCGUGCGAUGGUGGAGAAGAUGAUGUGGGACCAGCGACAAAAGGAGAUGGGAAAGCCUACUAGCGAGGAAUUGAAGGGCAUGGAGGCGAUGGCGAAGCUGCAGCAGGCCAAUCCAGAUGUUGACUGGUCAAAGGUCAAAUUCAACUGAAAUGCAAGGCAUCCAGCAAGACAAAAUGACAAACUCAAUGUAUUUGUAUCAGGAUGUAUGAGAAUCCCGCCCUUGU